AAUAUACAACACUAAAGUCGCUUGUUAGGAAAAGCGCCUUUCGGUCUAAAAAUUUAAUUCCGUGUCAUAAACCCUAGAUUCAAAUCACCUCUCAAAACCCUGCAAAAGGCAGAACGUUAAAAGAAAUUCCCACCCCCAUCAAUGGCGAAUCGACGUUGCUUUCAAACCCUAACCCGUUAUUUCCAUUCCAUCAAAUCCCCAACUCCGUUAUCCCAAAUCCUAGCUCCUACUUCAGCCCACGCCCUCCGUCAAACUCUCACCCAGAAACUCAGCCGCCACAUUUUCGGAAACAAGUUUAGCCUUUAUCCACCCUCUGCCCCAUUCACGCGGCAUUUUUCUUCGAGGGAUACAGAUAAAGACGGGGACGACGAUGAAGAUGACGAGAGCGAAGAAGAAGAAGAGGAAAGUGGGAGCGAAAACGAGAGAGCUGUUUUAUCGGCUGAGGAUAAAGAAAACGACGCUGCUGAAAUCGGGUACAAAGUCAUUGGUCCUCUCCAGAAACUGGAACGAGUUUUCAAACCUUAUGAGCCUGUAUUUGCCGUUGUCCAGAUUGGAUCGCAUCAAUUCAAGGUCAGCAAUGGGGAUACCAUUUACACGGAGAGGUUGAAGUACUGUGAUGUCAAUGACAAGUUGGUUCUCAAUAAGGUUCUUAUGCUAGGUUCGAAGACUCAGACAGUCAUUGGUCGUCCAAUUUUGCCUGAUGCAGUUGUUCAUGCUGUUGUUGAGGAGCAUGCAUUAGAUGCAAAAGUGAUCAUAUUCAAGAAGAAAAGAAGAAAGAACUACAGAAGGACGAAAGGUCAUAGACAGGAAUUAACUAAGUUAAGGAUAACUGAUAUACAAGGGAUCGAGAAGCCAGAAAAGAUUACACCUGUAAAGAUGGAGAAGAAAGAAAAGCUGGCUGUUGGAGCUUGAUAGGGUCUUUCUAAGCACAAAUGGCAGGCUGCUUUAUGUUUAGGAACUCGCCUCCUCUGUCAUCCAUUUUGAAACUUCUUAUUAUUUCUCCUUGGUUUUCCUCCAUUGCUGCCCAUUUUGUCGAAGAGCUGAAGGCUGAUAUGGUAUUUGAAUUAUGACAUGGCUGCUCCUUGAGAUACCUUUACUUCUGCAUUCCUGUUUAGCAAUUGCAAGGAAGGGGUGUGAGACAAAGAAUAGUGCCCAAGUUGAGUUGUUGUAGGAUUGACAUAUUGAAUCUCAAGGUUUUGUAUUUAGUAACAGAAAUAAUGUGAAUUUUCUUGAAUCAAUAUUCUUGAACUACUUGUAUACUAAAAAACUUUGUUCGUGUUU